GACCGCUAUAUAAUGUCUGCAAUGACAAGGGAAUGGAGAAACUUGCUAAAAGAACGACCACACGUCCUACGUGUUAACUUUGAACUCGACCAGAUCGUUGACAGACGUCUGGACGCAAAGAGGCGAAUUGGACUGAACACCGCGGACUGUCUUUGUCCCUGAAGCCGCAUACACUCAGGUGUUAUAGCCUCCCUUCCUCCUCUCCUGUCAGACAAGUGAAGCACCCCCACUUUGGUUGUGAUGGCUCCUACCUUGGCCACGGCUUUUAGCCGCCGUUGGUGGAUGGCGGUGACGGCGGUCAUCGAGAACCUGCUUUUCUCUGCUGUGCUCCUGGGUUGGGGAUCCCUGCUCAUCAUGCUCAAGUCAGAGGGCUUCUAUUCCUACCUCUGCAAAGCACCAGAGAGCAACAGCUCCAACUUGACUCUCGCCAAUACGUCCGACGCCGAGGCGUCCGAUGCCGAGGAGUACCUGGAGAUGAACGGCUGGCAAAUCUGCAAGGACCAAGAUGAGAUGCUGAACCUGGCCUUCACAGUGGGCUCCUUCCUGCUGUCCGCCAUCACCCUUCCCAUGGGCAUCGUCAUGGACAAAUACGGGCCGCGAAAGCUGAGACUUCUGGGAAGUGGCUGCUUUGCUUUCUCCUGCCUCCUCAUCGCCUAUGGAGCCAGCGAUCCCAACAAUCUGUCCAUCCUGAUCUUCUUUGCCUUGGCCAUAAAUGGAUUCGGAGGCAUGUGCAUGACUUUCACUUCUCUGACGUUACCCAACAUGUUCGGAGACCUCAGGUCGACUUUCAUUGCCUUGAUGAUCGGAUCGUACGCCUCCUCUGCUGUUACUUUCCCAGGCAUUAAGGUGAUCUAUGAUCUGGGUGCUACCUUCAUCUCUAUCUUGCUGGUUUGGGCCGCUUGCGCCUGUCUGGUCUUUCUUAACUGCUUCGUCAACUGGCCCCUGGAACCCUUCCCCGGCCCAGAGGACAUGGACUUCACAGUAAAGAUCAAAUUUAGCUGGCUGGGAUUCGACCACAAGAUCACAGGGAAGCAGUUUUACCGUCAAGUCACCACCGUGGGGCGCCGUCUGAGUGUAAGCAACUCGAUAAAGCAGCAACAGCCGCCUUCCAAAGACCUCGGUUCGCAGGACGCCAGCAAGAUGUGCCUGUCCACUGUUGAUCUGCAAGUGAACUGCAAGCCCCAAGAAGAGGCCCAGACAUUCAUGAGGAGUGUGUUGAGCCCCAUCUUCCUCCUGAGCCUCAUCACCAUGUGUGUCACCCAACUGCGCCUCAUCUUCUACAUGGGGGCUAUGAACACAAUUCUGGAUUCGCUGACGGAGGGAGACCUCAGCACGGUGGAAAGGAUGCAAGUGGUAAGCACGUACACAUCCAUCUUCGGCGUGCUCCAGCUAUUGUGUCUGGCCACCUCCCCUGUGAUUGGCUACGUCAUGGACUGGAGACUGAAAAACUGUGAGGAUGAAAAUGACAAGUGUACCGUAAGGGAGCCUGGCCAGCCUCGUCGACCAGGCAAAAAGAUUCAGAAGAUAAUCAACUCCACCCGAGCCUUCAUCUUCACCAACCUACUUUUGGUGUGCUUUGGAGUCACUUGCGUCAUGCCCAGCCUCCCACUUCAGAUUUUGUCUUUCGUGCUUCAUACAAUUGUCAGAGGCUUCAUCCACUCUGCAGUUGGAGGCCUUUACGCUGCUGUGUACCCAUCCUCUCAGUUUGGCAGUCUUACAGGAAUGCAGUCUUUGAUCAGCGCUCUGUUUGCCCUGCUCCAGCAGCCUCUAUUCAUGGCCAUGGUGGGACCCCUGGAGGGAGACCCCUUAUGGGUGAACGUGGGCCUCUUGGUGCUGAGCAUGCUGGGAUUUUGCCUGCCCGUUUACCUGCUGUUUCACAGCCGACACCUCCAGCGCCUCAGAGACGAGCGCGACGACGACCCAAAGAUCUUCGUCAAGCUGGAAAACAGCAACAAGAUUGAGGCCUUUGUUUAGAGCGAGCGCUGAAAGAGGAUGAUUUCCACAAACUUGAUAGGAUGAACUACUCAGAGGACGAAAAAAAAAAAAAAAGAGACUGGACAGGAGUCGCGGAGGUCACUUGCCUCUUGGAGGAACUCCAUACCGUUUCUGUACUGCCUCUCUGGGUUUGAACAUGCACACGUUCACAAACACCUGUGUGUUCCCUGCACAACUGCAUAGUUUCACCAUCACUGACAUUGUACACUGUGACAAAGUGGAUAUACACAAACACAGGCAUGGCGCAUGUCAUUUCAAGUUCCCCCGGUAGUACCAACAAAAGUGAGCGGUAAACGGACAGAAAGCAAGACUCGCUGUGACGAGACAUCCCGUUCAAGUUUUUUUUAUUUUUCAAAUCAUCCAGACAUUGUUUUCGCUCAGCCCAUUACAAGAAAAUGGAAGUAGAAGAGCAUACCCACAUGGAAAGCCCAAUAGAAGAUUAAAUGAGUAUUGGGAUUUUAAAGAAAGCACACAAGUAUAGAAAAACAUGAAGUUGAGGACUUCUACUUUGGGACUGGUGUGCUCACACAUAACUAAAGUGAGUCCAUUUUCCACCCUGAUAGAUAGGUGAUGUGGCUCAAAUAUGCUUUUCCUGCGCUUCACCUUGAGGGCAUUAAAAAGAAUCCCCAGGCAGCAGAAUUAGUAGCAAAUCAGUGGUGCAAAUAUGUCAUGCUGACAUCACGCAAAGUAAUGAAAAUGUGUCCGCUGCCUAUUGAAGACUGCUGGCCCUUGCUUUGUCGUGUUCAAACUUCCCUGUCUGCAUAUGUGGCAUCACCGCAUUAUAUUCAAAUUUAAACAGUCUCUUUUUUGUUCUUUUACAUGUUUUGCGGGAUGUUGUGAAAUCUGAUGAUUUAUAUAUAUGUUACAAAAAAAACAACCAUGGUGUGUUUAGGAAAAUCAGACAUGGAAAAAGAUGCAAUGUUGGUGUGGUAUAGUGGUGGAGCAUCACCACACCAUUUGUUAGUGUGGCUUUGCUGUAGCAAUAAGUGCCUCUGUGAGAUGCCAAAGUCAGUCAACACGCUCACACACACGUUUACAUUUUUAAGGUACUCUGUAUCUAAUUGUUUUAAAUGCGCUCCUCAGUGCAGCACUAAAGCGCACCACCUGCAUAUUUCCUUGAUUUUUAUUCCUUCUGUAUUGAUAUAAAUGUAAGUGUAAAACCAAGGGAAAAACGUCCCAAUUAAGACUGAAUGCGGAAUAGGAUCCAAAGUGAGGAAAAUAAUUGCAGGUGUUUUCUGACAAUCCUAAGAUGUGUCCUGCCUGGCAUGAACUCACAGAGGCACUUUCCAAAAGAGUGCCUCUCUGUAUAUGUGCAAACGAUGGAAGCAGUGGAACUACACAAGACUUGUCUCACGACUUUGGUUUCCAUCUUUUACUUCCAUUCAUGCUGCCGUCUGUCUAUCUGUCUGUCCGUCCACAAAUGACUUCUAAUGCCUGAGCUGAGAGACGAGCCUCUGCCCCGUUAGCGGCUUCCCAUUAACGACAUGGUGAGAGACAAAUGGCACACGUUGCACUUUAGACGCCCUAGAAUGGACCUCCGUUGUGUAUUUCCGAAUAGUUUUGCUCCUGUUUGUGGCACAAACAAUGCUCGGCUGCUGGCUGGUGGUGCAUGACACCAAAGAAUGUAAAAAAAAAAAAAAAGAAACUAUGGGAACAGAUAGACAAACUAUUUUUUAUAAAUGCUUGUAGAAGAAUAGAUUUCAUGAACAUUAUUUUGGAUUUAUGUGUAGGGCACAAUAUGAGUCUUGUCUCUCAGCUCAAGAAAUGUCCCACUAGACAAGAUGGAGGACAUAGUAAAUGCAUGCGAACUUACAGAAUUCUCAGUGGCUAUAUUUCCGUGAACAUAUUUUGAAAUUUUCUGCUGGGUCUUUUCACAGCAUGCGCCGGUGCUAUAUUUAUGCGAAUGUGACUUCUGACACAAUUUUAUAAUCUUCUCGCACAUACAGAUACUUAGUGCGAGAAAUAGGAGAGCAACUUAAAGAUAAUUCAUUUUCACGUUAAUAUAGCCAUUGUUUUUCAAAGGAGAGUUUUUUUUCUUGAUGUGUCUGCUCUGGAUCUGAGAGAAUGAGGUUAUUUUUACACUCUUAUUCUGUUUCAACCAAUAGUAAACCCAGUUUUCAUCCACAAACAAAGUUUUGUACUAUUCAAACAUUGUGUGCACAGAAAUGUCAUGCAACCAGUGCGUCUUAAGUUACUGUCAUAACCUCACAUGGCACUACAUUCUAAUGAUUACACCCUGUUUUCAAAGAACUGAUGAGCGUUGACUUGGUUGGCAAAAUGUAUUUACUCCCAAUCAGGAUUUAAGG